AUGUCAUCUUGGAUUUUGCCCAUCGCUUCAUCAUUUCCACCAUGGGCUGCUUGGCCCCCGGUGGUACAACAUAUGAUCCUCAAAGCCUUAAUCGAGGACGGCUGCAGCCUCGCUAGGCUCGCACCAGUAUCGCGUGAGUGGCAAGAUGUUAUUGAGGCGCACAAUUUCGCCAAGAUCAAAAUCACCCCACUACGACUUGUCCAUUUUCGUGCAAGGACCCGACGCAACAGGUUCCGAGUCAAAUAUAUUUGGCUUUGCGUGGAACUUGACAACUACACUUGCUGCGAAGCUUCCUUUGGUGGUCGUCGAUGUGUAUCGCAGAGCGACUUGGACCUUGUCAAGGCAACGAUUGGAAUACUGUUCGCAGAGAUCAGUCGAUGGGCUCCCAACGGUGAGCUAGUUCUCGACAUCAGUGUUCACUCGCCCAGCGAUUCAAACUACCUGCUCAAGAAUCUGUCCUUCAAGCCCGACGUGCCUUCGCGUGAGUGUUUGGGUCUGGGCGACUUGGGCGACUUGGACGACAUGGACAAAGCCGGGCGCCUUUGGAUCAGGAUGCUUCCAUCCGGGCAAGCUGUCAACUCAAUCAAGAAGACGUUCAGUUGGAUCCGUACCGAUAGUACCGACGUUACGUCGCUGGAUGGAGAGUCAGUGCAUGAAGAGUCACCGGAUGAAGCGGAGUGUUACUAUCGGGAUGUCGGAUGGUUGGAACAAGUGCCCGACGUCCCAGCAGUGACAGGUGUGUUGCUACGCCAACAGACUCGCCGAAUGUGGGAUGGGCCCUUGCUCACGGAGAUGCUCGACCAUUUUCCCAAUCUACGGGAUGUUUUCUACGAGCCGUGGAGAUCACUGGAUCCCAAGUGGCAGGACUACAAAGAUCAAGACUACGACCAUCUCAUCGAUGAGGUUACUCGACAAGCUGCAUUGGGCAGUCGCGAGCUUGAGCAGUUCUCAGCCGCAUACCUUGUCAACGCAGCUAUGUUCUUCGCUUCCUGCAGACCGUCCUGGACGUGGCCCAACCUCACGUCUCUGAGCCUCACCUCGUCAUGGUUGGCUCCAGACGUGUCCCGGACUGAACUCGUCAAAAUGCUUACUUCAGCAGCAAAGGUAGCUCAUCGGAUGCCAAAGCUUGAGACUAUGGAGUUGUGGAACGGACGAAGGCGCCUGGCAACGCUCUUUCAGUACCGGCCAAAGCCUGCUACUAUUACCUGGAGAAGCACAUGGGAAUUCGACCAAUUGCCUUCUGUCAUCUCCGUCUGGGAAGGUGUUGCACAAAAGCAUGGCGCUGGAGAGCUUGCUGUCAAGAGGGAGCUGCUGAACCGUACUAACAUAAAAUGUCACGGUGAUGCGAUCCACUAUUUGAAGCUUUCCCAUCCGGUUGUUCGGCCUAUCUCGUUGCAGCAGAUCCGCACGGAGAACGAGGUCCAUCGAACUUGGGAGAAAAUGGACACGGUGAAGGCCCAGACGGAGAGCAACUUAUGCCGCUGGGGCAUCAAAAGAGGCCGCAGCGACUUGUGA